AGCUCUAGUUUUAGAAAUACAGAGGUCUUCCUUCAGACCUUCUUUAUAGGUGGGGAUUUGAUUGGGAUACAUGAGGACUCAAUAGGAUUUGUUUACCAGGUGCUCCAGAAAUAGCUCCCAGGGACCACUCUUCUGGAAAAGGUCAGUUGAAACCAUGAGCUCCUGAUGGCACUGCCAGGAUGUACCGACUCAAAAACCCAUCAUCUGAGGGGAUUUCUGCACCUUCCUGUUUGAAAUUAUGGGUCAGGUCCAGGCCACCUCAGAAAAAGAAGUGACUCUUCAGCACAUUCAGGAACUGUACCGGAAAUUUACCAGUGAAUGUCCAAGUGGAAACCUGCACCUGCAUGAAUUCAAGAAAAUCUUUGGGGUCAACAGCAAAUCACCAGAGGAGGAGCUGGCUUUCAUUGAACUUGUCUUUAAAUCCUUUGAUACUAAUAAGGACGGUAAAUUGGACUUCAUGGAGUAUGUGGCAGCUGUGAACCUCGUUCUUCGUGGAAAACUCAUCGACAAACUGAAGUGGUCUUUUAAAGUGUAUGACAAUGAUGGGAAUGGCUCUCUGACCAAUCAGGAAGUGAGACGUGUUGUCAAAAUCAUCACUAAGAUUAAAAGACGCAAUGAGCAGAAUGUGGAAGUUGAUGUUGAUGACAUCUGUGACAGGAUAUUUCAACUGGUGGACAAGAACAAAGACUGGGCCCAGCAGACAACAGCUUAG